GUUAAUGUAUUUUCCAAUGAAGCAUCCCAAUGAAGCAAAACUCUUCAAUUGCUUUACUUGAUAUAGUAUUUUCUUAUUAAUGUCAUCCCACACAUUCACAAAUCUAUCACACCCUCCGGUGGCAAACAUUCCAAAGCUGCACAAGGAUAACAAAAUGAGAAUUACUAAUAAUAAGUGACGUUGCACUGUGCUCCAGGAUCUCAAUUGCAUCCUCCACUCUGAACAUAUAUGCAUAUUAGGGAAUAUAUGCAGAGGCGUGUCAGCAGCUACAAUGCACACACAAAAUGAAUCGACCCAAUAAGAAUAGCUAACCUGCAAUAUGUGCUAUUAUCAGAGAUAUAGGAUCUACACCUACAUACAAGCAUGGCAGAGGCACGGAGCCUCAACUCCACUGCCCUGCUGCAAUUUUUUCUCUGUUAGUCGAUCAGCCAGCGAGUGAAACCAAGAAAUUCAUGGCGGGUUGAAGGAGACACGGGAGGGAGGUAUGCAUGUUCCUGGCGAGGUGCUCCCAGCGGCGUAGUCACCAGUCUGUUGACUCAUGGGGACAUGGUCAUAGUCGGCGUCGGCUUGCUCGAGUGCCAGCAGCAACCAUGGCCCUAUUCGCAGCCAUAGGGGGUCAGCCUUCUUGCGCUCUCAUGGCAUCGGUGGAGCUGAUAGAGGGUCUUGGGGGGCUCCCCGUCGACGGGUCUCCAGCGGCCACUGCAGCACCACGAAGCACAAUGUUGUUGCCCGGGUCUGCCAGGGGGGCGCUGUCGAAGGGUCGACCCAAGAAGCGGAUCUCGAUGUUGAGUGGCGCAGCGUGCUCCACUUUGCAUCUCCCAGAUGUGGUCCUCCGCCGGCGGCGAGCCCGGGUGGAGGUGGAGCUCUUGUGGCUGGAAGGCGGAGGGGAGGAAUGGAUCGGUAGAUGGGAGGGAGAGGAAGGUCUUGCGGUGGGGAGGAAUACACGGAUGGCGAUUCGGGAGGGGACGACGGCGAUCUACUAGGGUUUAGUUUGGGCGUGAGGGGAUGAGGGCGGAUGGCGAUCUGGAGACAAUGACGGCGGUUCAGAUUAGGGU